AUGUAUAACAUAUUUUUGGCUACCUCCAAAUUAGUUCAAAACCCUGUGCCCAUUCAUCUGCAUACACUCCAUUCCGAACACAAAUUGAUUUUUUUGCUGCCUACUGCAAUAGGCGGCAUAAUAAUAGACCAGCUGGGAUGGCAAGCUGUGGAUGGCUACGGCCAGCCAUCCCAACUGACCAGACUGGCUGAUGGUGUUUCAGUAUCCACCCAACGCGGCCAGCUUGAACUGAUCGGACUCAAGCCAACUGACGGUGUAAGUAGGACUGAAGACGCCGUCAAAGCCCGUUGUAUAGCCGUCGUGUUCUUCAACCAACAGGAUGGUGGGAGAAAAACCCUUGUCUACACUUCGCCCUAUUUCGGCGUCUAUGUUUCUGCGGCUGACGGCUCUGGGAGCGGAGUGGAGAGAGAAUACAAAGAUGGUGGGUACAGGGAAUUUUCAUCAUGA